UCUCACCGGACCGAUUUUCAUUUCCGCCUAAACAUUGCCCUUGAUUUCCUCUAGGAGGUGAAAUGAAAAGUUGAGUGUCAAAAGGCUUCUGACUUUAGAAGAGCCUGUUAUUUCUCACAAUGGGUCUUCUGCCAGACGAGGCGAAAGUUUUGCCUCCUCCGGGGAUCGUCAACAGAAAUUCAGUGUGGUUCGGUCUGUGCGGCUGGGCGACCGCGAUGCUGCACAACAGUUUAAACCGCAGGCCUGCGCUCAAAGCCGGUGUUCACCGCCAAGCGCUGUUCAUAACCAUUGGAUGGUUCAUCGGCUAUCAUCUCACAAAGUUUGAGAAUUAUAAAUAUGCCACAUUGGACAGGGACAUGAAUGAGUACAUCCGGCUGCAUCCUGAGCAAUUUCCAGAGAAAGCACCGAAGACAUUUGCUGAAAUCGUGGAGCCUUUUCAUCCAAUUCGUUGAGAGGAUGAGGAAUGUGAAGACUAUUGUUGCAAACCUGGUUGAACAGACUUUACUGAUUUAUUGAUUUAUUAAGUUGUGUCCUCAAUGUCAUUAAACUGUCUGAAAAAAAA